GAGAGGGGGAGACGCCGCGAUCUGGCUCGGGGCUGCCGGCGUGGCGUCCUCGUGCGUGCAUCUCUCCGCGGCUCUGGCAGGAGGCGACACCUUUCGUCCGGCGGCCCUGCGAGGAGGAGAGCGCGGGCAGCGAUGCCGCGCUGAACCGUGGCGCUCUCCCGUGCCCCGCUCCGUAGACGCGCGCGUGUGUCCGCGCGCGUGCAUUUCACACACGGCGGUGUGUCAUUCGGAGCGUGCGUCUCAAUAAGCCGCUGCCCGCAGCGCCUCCUCCUUUCCUGAAUUCAAGGAGUUCCCUCCGGCUUGCUGAGCCUGCUCGGGAGUGGGAUUGUAUCGAGAGCGGAGAAGAGGGAGCCCCGCAGCGGAGUGGGGACGCCGGCGAAGGAGAUUUUGCGGCGGAGGCAGCGUCACCCCGGAGCCAGGGGGAGAGGGAGAGCGAGGACCUCGCAGUCGCAGGGCGCCCCGUUCCGACUCGGCGCCGCUUGGGAGGAAUCGCCCUUCUGCCGCCGAGUAUUCCCCCAAAAUGGAUACAGUUCCUCUCCUCUGGGGAUUUCUGCUUCUCUGCUUAGCCGGCUCUGGGGCCAUGGGGCAAGCAGCAGCUCAAUCAUGUGGGGGCCGUUUGAAUUCCAAAGAUGCUGGUUACAUCACUUCACCUGGCUACCCGCAGGACUACCCCUCCCAUCAGAACUGUGAAUGGAUCAUUUAUGCCCCGGAACCCAACCAGAAGAUUAUCCUCAACUUCAACCCUCAUUUUGAAAUUGAGAAACAUGAUUGCAAAUAUGACUUUAUUGAGAUACGAGAUGGGGACAGUGAGACAGCUGACCUUCUGGGCAAGCACUGUGGGAACAUUGCUCCUCCUACUAUCACCUCAUCAGGCCCAUCUCUCCAUAUUAAAUUCACCUCAGACUAUGCCCGUCAAGGUGCUGGCUUCUCUCUGCGCUAUGAGAUCUACAAGACAGGCUCUGAAGAUUGUUCUAGAAACUUCACCAGUUCAAAUGGUACUAUUGAAUCCCCAGGAUUUCCUGAUAAGUAUCCUCAUAAUUUGGAGUGUGUUUUCACCAUCAUGGCCAAGCCAAAGAUGGAGAUCAUCCUUCAGUUUCUAACCUUUGACCUCGAGCAUGACCCCUUGCAAGUUGGGGAAGGAGAUUGCAAAUAUGAUUGGCUGGACAUCUGGGAUGGUAUUCCUCAAGUUGGCCCCUUGAUUGGCAGGUACUGUGGCACAAAAUCUCCUUCAGAGAUCCGUUCAGCUACUGGCAUCUUGUCACUUACAUUUCACACAGAUUUGGCGGUGGCUAAGGAUGGCUUCUCUGCUCGCUAUUAUUUGGUCCAGCAGGAGGUUCCAGAGAACUUCCAGUGCAACAGUCCCCUGGGGAUGGAAUCUGGCCGCAUUUCCAAUGAGCAGAUCACUGCCUCCUCUACGUACUCUGAUGGCAGGUGGACCCCACAGCAGAGCCGACUCAAUAGUGAUGACAAUGGGUGGACUCCUAAUGUGGAUAACAACAAGGAAUUCCUGCAGGUGGAUCUUCGCUUUCUGACAGUGCUGACAGCCAUUGCUACACAGGGUGCCAUCUCCAAAGAAACACAGAAUGGGUACUAUGUUCGGUCAUACAAAUUGGAGGUCAGCACAAACGGCGAGGACUGGAUGAUGUACCGACAUGGCAAAAACCACAAAGUAUUCCAGGCUAACACAGAUGCUUCAGAAGUGGUUCUGAACAAGAUCCAUGCUCCAGUGCUAACUCGGUUUGUGCGAAUCCGCCCUCAGGUUUGGCAUAGUGGAAUUGCCCUCCGACUGGAACUCUAUGGCUGUCGGAUCACAGAUUCACCCUGUUCAAACAUGCUGGGGAUGCUUUCUGGACUGAUCCCAGACUCCCAGAUCUCUGCCUCCUCUACCAGAGAGUAUCACUGGGCCCCCAGUGUAGCACGCCUGGUCAGCAGUCGCUCAGGAUGGUUCCCGCACAUCCCUCAAGCACAGCCUGGAGAGGAGUGGCUGCAGGUUGAUCUGGGAGCUCCAAAGAAUGUGAAAGGGGUGAUCAUUCAAGGGGCCCGAGGUGGUGAUAGUAUCAGUGUGGCAGAGGCCCGUGCUUUUGUGAAGAAAUUUAAAGUGGCCUACAGCAUGGAUGGGAAAGACUGGGAUUCUAUACGGGACCCUAAAACAAUGCAACCGAAGAUAUUUGAAGGAAACAUGCACUAUGAUACACCUGAAGUUCGAAGAUUUGAUCCUGUUACUGCACAGUACAUCAGAGUUCACCCAGAAAGAUGGUCUCCAGCAGGCAUCGGAAUGCGACUAGAAGUGCUCGGGUGUGACUGGACUGAUGUAAAGUCUACUGCGGAGACACUGCAGCCCACUGCAAAGAGUGAGGAGAUCACCACUCAGUUUCCCACUGACGAAGAGGCAACGGAGUGCGGGGACGGCUGCAUAGAGAAUGGAGAUUUCCAGAUCCCAGUGGGAUUCAACUGCAACUUUGAUCUUCCUGGAGACCUUUGUGGUUGGACACAUGAUACAUCUACAGGAUUUACAUGGACUUUCCAUUUUGGAAGCACCUGGACUAGCCAUCUGGGACCAGGCAUUGGGGCCUACCCAGAUGGCAAGAAUUAUCUGAGGUUGCAGAGCAGUGCAAGAAGAGAAAAACAGCAUGCCCGGCUUGUCAGCCCCACAGUCUUUUUGCCCAGAAGUGUUGUGUGCAUGAUAUUCCAGUACCAGGUGUCUGGUGGGAGUGGAACAAUGCUGCAGGUGCGACGGGAAGCAGCACAUGAGAACAAGCCGCUGUGGAUCAUCAGGGAGGACCAAGGGGAUGAGUGGAGAGAAGGCAGGAUUCUUCUGCCUAGCUUUGAUCUAGAGUAUCAGAUUGUGUUUGAGGGAAUCAUAAGCAAAGGACAUUCAGGAGAGAUUGCCAUCGAUGAUGUCCGGAUAGGCACCGAUACAUCCUUGGAAAACUGUAUGGAACCCAUUGCAGCUUUCCCUGGUGAACACACUUUUGAAAUUUCAGUGGAUUUCCCAGCAUUAGAGGAUGAUGUUUCAAUUCACGAGGAAGACUUUGGAGGAGACACUGAAGAUGACUACUUAAGCCAAGCAGAGAAGAACAACACGGUCUUUGCAACCAACUCUCCAAUAACCCCAAAGGUGGAUAAGGAGAAGAACUGGCUGUACACUCUGGACCCCAUUCUGGUCACCAUCAUAGCCAUGAGCUCUCUUGGUGUACUCCUUGGGGCAAUUUGCGCGGGCUUGCUGCUGUAUUGCACCUGCUCCUACACCGGCCUGUCCUCCCGGAGCUCUACCACUCUGGAGAAUUACAACUUUGAGCUUUAUGACGGCAUCAAGCACAAGGUCAAAAUGAACCACCAAAAGUGUUGCUCCGAGGCAUGACUGAUUGCACCAGAAUCGCAUUUGACAUUUCAUUCCAGCAAGAGUGGCUGGUGAAGAUUACUUUUUCUAUGGGAAUGGAAUGCCAUAAUCUUACACAGGCCAGGGCUGGAAUACUGAAGUGGGGAGGGGUUGUGGACAGCCCUGGUAUUUUAAAAAAGAAGAAGAUGAUGAUGAUGGCAGACAAACUUUGAACAAGAGCUGCAAAAACAGUGGCUAAUUGUUUCAUCCUACAAAUUGGGUUGGGAGCAUUUAGAGGAGCUGCUACAUUGUCCUUUUUAUGUCUUGGGUGAGAGAACCCCAUCUGCAAGAGUCAAAAUGUCUGGAUUGCAUUUAGGAAGGGAAGAGCAAAAAGUUGGUAAUUAUUUGCCACUUCCUGAUGCAAAUCCUGAGAACCUUUGAGAGUUUCUCUUCCCCCACCCUCGUUGCACCUCCAUUUUGGUAGCCAUCCUAUCCUUAGAAAUUACACAGAGUCACACACACAAGCCCAGUCCAGCUAUCAUCAUUCAGAUAUACUGCUUGAUUUUAAUCAAUUGCUCUGUCCUGUAGGGAAUCCAAGCUGAGGGAGCUGCAGCUUCUAGGACCCAAAAUGAAAGCAUGUUGUUGCCUUUACCUCUUUUUGAUCAGGGAGGGCCGGGGUCAGGGUGGGAAUUAGGGUUGCAGGUCAAUGGGAGCAGCAGUGGUUUCUUUCCAGAUUACCAAGCAAAAGAGAAAGGCAGCCUGAGGUGUGAAAGUCAGAAGCAGCACCUCCUCAAGAAAAGCUGAAGAGCCUUAAGUGAGUUGUGAAUAAGAGCCAUUUCUUAAAUCCAAAUCUUGGAUUGAAACAGCAGAGGCCUUCACCACAAGGGCUCUUUCUUUUACUUUUUUAUGCCCCUUAAAAAGAAUUCUUGUUCUUUUAUUAUAAGAAAAUUGCAACAAACAAAAGACACAAUUAUAAGGUGCCCAAGAACUCAGGAGAUGGCUUUUUAUAUACUUCAGGAGGAAGACAGGCUGCUAUAUAUAUAUAUAUAUAUAUAUAUAAUUUUUUUUUUGGUUAAUGUGUGGCCACUCUGAUGGGAAAGAAAUAGAGCCAACGGGGUGGUGAAAGAAUAGUUAUCUGGCCCACUGCAGAGUGGUAAUGAUACCUCCAUCCUCCGAUGUGUAAUUUUAUUUUCACAGCUAGUGCUAAGGUCUUAGUUCUGCAAAGACUUACAGUAUGAGCAGCCCAUUGAACAGAUGCACUGACAUGAAGGACAGGAUCCUUGUGCCUCUGGCAGAGGCAGUAGCUCUUUGCAGAUUUAGGCCUUGGGUGGAACCUGACCAUUGCAAUCCUUUGGGUUAAGGCCACAUUGCAGGGUAUCCAGCCUAAGCUGAUACUCUAGUGUGGAUGUUGAGUAAAAGGUCUGUACUAAUUUGUGGCCACUUUCUUAUCCCUUCAGAAUGAUAUAACUUGCUUCUUUGUGAUUCACGAAACUAUUUUCAUUUUUGAAGGGUCUGGUGUGUGUGCGUGUGUAGUUUUUUUAAUCAAGUGCCUUAGAAAAAUAUUUUCCCUUUACUUAGAGAUGUGUGACUUAUCAAAAGACAAGUGAGACAUGCACCCUUUCCUGUUCUUCUUUUCAUCAUCAUCGUCGUCGUCGUCUUUCUUCUUCAUCAUCAUUAUUGGAUCUCUACUGAGUAGAGUUUUGUCCUUUCAAGUGGUCAGAUAUAUUUCUAAUGCUGUUACGAGUACUGCUGUGCCAUGCUUGAGGUGUGUUGCAGACCAGUAAAAGAAAAGUUUACAAAUGCCAAGUUUCAAUUUCUGAUGCCUUUUGUUUCAGCUCUUGGCAGCAAUCUUCAAGCAACAUUCUUAGGAGACAAUAAAGUGACUGAAGUGCAGGAGAGACCUCUAGAUGGGGUCUUCAACAGAAUUUCAAAAUUGGUGGUAGUUUGAGGAGUGAUGCCUGGCAGCCAAGUUCUAAACAUUUACGCUACCAUAAUAUUGCUGAGACGCUAGCUUGAUGUUAUGCGGGCACAGCUGUUGAUAUGCUCUUUCCUAGGCACCUAUCCAGUAGUCCAGUGAGUGCUGAGGGCUGCUUCACAUGUUACACUUUUUCGGCGUGCGCUUUUGAAAGGUAACUUGUGAAUGUAAUAAGUAUUGCCUUUGCAAACGCGUGUGUCAUACACGCACACAAGCAAGGGAGUGAAGGAUUGCUGCUACAGCCUGUCUACUGAGUGGUAAACAGGGUCUGCUGCCAUGUACUGUGUGGAACGGUCCUCCGCGUCGCUUUGCGUGCAUGCUUGCCACACUGAAUGUCCACAGCUUUUGGCAUGUGUGAUGCUCCCCACUAUGUAUGCAAGCGCAUGAACAAAACGCUAAUUUCCAGUAAUGUGCUGAGGACACAAACCAGGACAGCAUUCAGCUUGUUUAAGCCCUUUAAUUUUCAUUGUGUGCUGGGGAAUCCUGGCCAAAGCUUUUCAUGCAUUCCCCAAUGAGCGCAUGAAUAAUAGUAUACAUCCCUGAAAAACAACUUUGACCGUAAAAAAGCAGAACAACUUGGGGAGUCUUGGGCUAGUACUAGACUAGUGCAGACUCAGUUCACACAGGACAACUGGCCCGCAAGCCAGUGGCAUGUGUGAACUGAGUAUAUGCAUGCGUACAGGUCCCAGAAUCCCAUGCAGAAGUUAACAAGGCAGAUGCUCAGGGGAUUCCUCAGCAGGGCUGAUGCUGAAAAGAUUUCCUGAUGGUAGAAUAUGUGAAAAGUGCUGCCUUAAAAACAGCCCUAAUUUUCAGCACCCUAGAAACAGCACCAAAAAAGUGUCCCUUUUUAUAGAUAGAGAGUUAAUGCAUCUAUCUUCAUAUGCCACAUACAAACACACUUCUAUUUUCCUAAUCUUAAGGAAACACAGAGAGUAAUCAUCACAUUUACAGGGUCAUUUUGCAGGCAAAAUUGCUGCUACUGUCAUUAGAAGAAAUGGCCAUGGCUCAGCCAAAGUUAACCACUUUUAAGCCCCAUUGAUUUCAAUGGGAGGGCUAAGCAUGUGCUUGCCUCUGGCUGAAUUGUGUCCCAACUUUAUUUCUCUUAUAUUUGUGUGAAGGAUGAAGGCAGACAGGUUGCAUCUGUAAAGGACACCUGACAGGAGUAAUAGAUAUAUUCAAAGGUAGUAUUGCUGUCUAUAGUAGACAUACAGAGAGUGAGAGUUCGUGUAUACAUAUAUUCCAAUGCAUAUGUGUUUGCGCGUGCUUGUGAGUUCUCUGUAUGUGUUAUCUAUGUGAGUGGUGAUGUGGGACUACUUGUACCUUGAAUCGGAGGCCGGAGGAUGGCAGUGUCCUUGGCGUGAAUUCGGAGGGAGCCUAGUGCGAGCUGCAUGCAGCGAAAGCAGCUCCCUCUCAAACGGUCGCGUGCUGUUGCAUCCACGCUGCAGGCACAGGGCUUGGCUGUGUGUGCUCAGUGAGUGGACCCAGGCCACAAUGCUGCGUAGCUGAUACCUCACUUACCUCUCUGCUGGGUGCUUUACUGUUCUAAUGCAGAAAACUGUGUUUGAUUGUAUUUUUAAACAGGGCGAGGAAAAAAAUUUAUAGGUGAGUAUAUUCAUAUCAAUGCAUCUUCAUCUGCAAAUGUAUGUUACUUGGAUGAUCCAUGUUCUUUGGCAGAUUCCCCUUUUGGAAAUGAGUGGGGAAGGUCCAGCCCAGUGUCACCAAUGCCUUUGUUGAAGUACACGUCGCCCCCACAGCCUUGGGGUCAUCUUAGCCAUGGCCGACAGGAGAGCCACAGUGUAGCUCUCCUUGGUUUUGUAGGGAGGUAUCAACAAGGAAGCACGGGGGUGUAAAAAGAAUCCAUUGGUGGGGAAAAGUGUAUGCAGGAAACAAAAUUUCUCACAUUUUACCAGCUCUAGGUAGUUUGACCAUAUACUGGCUGAGCCAGAACAUGCGGACUUUAAAGCUUUUACUGUGAUUCUUCAGUGUUUAAAGAAAAAACAAACUCAAACUGUGUUUCUAUGAUUUGUAUAAAAGCCUUUUAAAAGUACUAUUUAAUAAACAUUAUC